AUGUGGGCUGCUCGCGUACCGUUGCUCCGCGCGGCCGGGCUGCGUCGCCUAGCUACUUCGGCCCGUGUUCAUGAGCCCAAACGUCCCUCCAUCCAGGCGAUCGCCGAGCUGCGCAAAGCAGUGCCAGGCACCUCCAUGCUCAAGGCACGUGAGGCACUGGUGGCCUCGCGAUCGGCAGACGCUCUCGAUACCGACAAUGUCGAGGCGGCUGUCGCAUGGCUUGAUCAGAACCGCGCAGCAGAAGGAGCAAAGCGUGAAGCCAAGGUGGCAUCGCGCGUCACCGCCGAAGGUGUAAUUGGUAUCUGCACUCUCUCGGACGGCUUGCAAGGCGCUGCAGCUCGCUCGGCCAUCAUUGAGAUCAACUGCGAGACGGACUUUGUGGCACGCAACGAAAUGUUUGGCGCCCUAGCACGCGAUAUCGCUCAUACCGCAGCUUGGUAUCCUCUGAUCGCAGAAAACGCUACGUCGUCUCUCAUGACCGACUUGGACGUGAAUACAUUGCUCGACUGUCCGGUGAUGCGCUUUGAUGGCGAGGCCAACGAGGAGGUUCAAACGGUGCGCACCGCCAUCACUGCGGUCGUAGCUCGUCUGGGCGAAAAGAUUGCGCUGACACGCGCCACGUCUCUGGGCCCUGUGGACCCUUCGUCUACGUGGCUCACCGGCUCGUUUGCGCAUGGCACGGCGGCGGCCCCGCCUGCCGUCGAUGCGCCUGUACAGGCCACCUUUGCUAGUGGACGUGUGGCCAGUUUGCUCGCCCUUCAGACUCAUGGGCCUGUGGCAGCGCUGGCGGCGCGUACCGCCUCGGCGUCUGACCCACUCAUGGCGUCGUCUCGCGCCCUAGCUCGUUCUCUAGCUCGUCAGGCAGCUGGCUUCCCAACGCAUUCCAUUUCUGCUGCUGAUGCACCAGCAGACAAUACAGGCGAGCUAAGCACGGCGUUAUUGGCCCAACCAUUCGCGAUGCUCUUGCCCGCGGCUGGCUUGGAUAUGCAGUCCAACGAGCAGCCUGUCCAGGACGUACUUACGACCUGGUCGCAGACCUUUGCUGGCUCCCCUGACGGCAUUCACGUGGCGGCCCUCCGUCGCUGGGAAGUCGGCGAGACAGCCGCGCCUGUGGACGACAAGCCGUCGUUUGCCGACGAAGUGAAGAAGGCGGCUGGCCUGUAA